AUGACCAGAGUAACGAUUUUCGGCGCUGGUAUCACUGGAAUGUCAAUUGCCAGUCAACUGCCCAAAGACUAUGAGAUCACAAUAGUUGCCCGGGAUCUCCCCGGCGAUGGCCCGUCCCAGCAAUGGUGCAGCCCCUGGGCAUGUGCUGGCUGGGUGGCUCUCGGAGGCACCCCCCUUGAGCAGAAAAUGCAGCUCGACAGUCUAGCCUACUGUUCCCAGCUGGCCACAACUAACCCAGAAUCCUCAGUCAGGUGCUCACAGCUCACAGACCUGCAUGAGGUUGGGGCGACGUCAGCCAAGGAGCUCUGGUAUCAUGAGAUCGUCCCCGGAUAUCAGGAGCUGAGUCCGGCGCAGCUACCUGACGGUCGAACGGCUGAUGUGGCGGUGAAGUACAAUAGCUUCACGCUCACUCCCGCCGUCUUUCUUCCGUGGCUCCGGAGCUAUCUUGAGGCUGAAGGGAUUACAUUCCAGCGCAUAGAGACCAUCAAUUCGCUUGGCGCGCUUUCCCAUAUUGGUCACGACAUUUUGAUCAAUGCGUCGGGCUUGGGCUCAAUGACCCUUGAGGAUGUCCAGGAUGAGAAGAUCAUCAUGGACCGUACAUAUACGACGGUGGUGAAAUCUGAAUUUCGCGGGAGUUUCGUUCGCCGCGCAGCGACUGGCUAUACCUACAUAUUCGGUCGUCACGACGGCACCGCGGUCCUUGGAGGCAUCUCGGAGCCUGUUGACAAUACGAGAAGAUCGACUGAAUCCACACGUACAGAGCUGGUCCGGAUGGCGCACGCAGGCUUACCCAAUGAUUUUCCUUCCGAUAGAGUUUGUGACUACACUUUUGUCACCGACCUCGAAGGCAUUCGACCAUUGAGACUACCUGAAGUAAGAGUGGAGAAGGAGGUGAUCAAUGGGCAGAAGGUAGUCCACGCUUACGGGACCACAGUCGGUGGCUACAUCUAUAGUUUCGGCCUCGGACAAGAGGUUGCAAGGCUAGUAGAUGAAUACGUAUUCACCCAUUAG